CAAGCUCUCGGCGCACUCCUUCUGGGACACGAUUUGGAAACUUACACUAAAGAGUGAUUGGAGAUAACUUUCACCGCUGGUUUUCACUUCAGCAACAAAAUGGCGGAGUUCCAGCGCCUGGGGGUCCGCAAGUUCCCUAAAAUCGCUACUCGUCAGACAAGCGAAACAAGAUAUUGGAAAAAACUUAGCGUAAGAAAUAAGCUCAUCCUUACUCCGGAGCGAAUCUAAAAAUGGUGUUAUUGCAUUGGAGAUUUUAUUUGUUUUUCAGUUUCCCAUUAUCGUCAAGGAGUACGGUACAGUUAGCCACGUGGAUUUCUGUAGAUCAAAGCCCCACGAUUUUAUCGCUACUUGCUCGUCACGUGUGAGUAUGAUUUUGCUGCGUAAUUACGAAGCAAUUACAGAAUUUUUAAGGCAUUUUGUUGUGUUCAGUGUUGGUAAGUUAUAGUUACGAUCCCUAGCUCAUGGGGUCUUGAGUUAUAUGUAACCGUUGCGACAUGCAGUAGAAAAUGUCAGGCGUACGAGAAAUGACAAGGAAAACGGAAAGCAGUUCGAGCCAACGGGGAUUCCAAGAAUGCAGAUAGCAAAUAACUGAGAAAUGCUCUUAGGGAAAAUUUAAGCGAGAUCGUGCGAGCGAGGUUUUAUCAUAGCAGUGUGGCUUUAUUACCAUGUACUAAUGAUCAGUGAUGUCAAUUCAUCCAAUGCAACCCACAGGUAAACCUUAUCCUUGUUAUGAACAGCUAACUUCAAUCACAAUUUUACAAAUUAGCUAUUAGUGUUAAUUUACAUUAUCUAAUCAUUUGAGUGUUCUAUUACAGAUCCAAAUUUACAGUUCCAGCACAAACCAAGUCAACAAAUCAUUCUCAAAUUUUAAGGAAAAAGUUUACUGUGGUAGUUUUCGUAAUGAUGGGAAAUUGAUAGUUGCUGGAAGAGAGAAUGGCUCAGUGCAGGUAUUUACAAGAUGUGCCCAAAAGUCUGCCUUUGUUUUGUUUCCAAAGUUGAGGUCUGAUGUAUCACACACUCAGUACAUUAAAAGUAAGAGAGUAACAAUCAAAUCCUCAGCAUUGCAGAUGUAAAAUAACCUGGCCUCUCCAGCUCAAAACUAGUAAGGAUUCUGAAAAAUUUGCAUUGACAAAGGACUUCUCAGUAGGGUUGGCAUCAAAUGGGGUUAAUGACUGGUUGUUAAAAAUUUGUUAGAUUAACUUACUUGAGGAUAUGUCAGUUGAGUUAAAGAGCUUUAAGUUGAUUGGAAACUGGUCACAUAUUGCUUCCUUUUACUGGUUCAUGCUUAAUUGGCAUUGUCUUCUUAAACAACCUUAUUUUGUUUGAUAAGGUGUCCAAGGGAAGGUAAAAGAGGGUUUUCUUUCCUUCCAAUUACCAGUAAAUUGUUUGUGAGCCCAGAUUCAAGUUAAUGUCAGGGAUUUCAAAGGAUUUCUUAAGAAGCUGAAAUUUUGGCUAGGGAUAGUAUGGUAGAAUUAGAAUUUUUGAAUGAAAUUUUCCUUAAGGAUCAUUCUUAUAUUCACUGUAAUUUUGUCUUUUUAAGAAGGGAGGAGAAGAACUUAAACAUAGAAUCUUUGAAAUUUCAAAAAUCAAACCCAUGAUUUUAUUUAUAUUUCAGCUAUUUGAUGUCAACAGUAGAGCUGUUUUGAGAGAAUUUAAGGGGCAUACUAGGUAACAUAUAAAAUAUUUUAUAAGAUUGAUUUUCACUCCCUAUAUUUGGUGCAAUAUCAGUGACAAGGGGGAGCAUAUCCUCAGAUCCCCCUAGUUUGAAGUGCCUUUGUUGCUCAAUAUUUUCUACUUUUCUGUAUAAAAGAUCUCACACUACACCCCUGGUUUUAAAGAAGAUUUCUACUUCGGAAAGAAAUCUGAAUAAGUAAAUAAUGUGAUAACCAGCCAAACAAUAAUAUACAAUAAUGCUCCACUAGCACUGAUGAACUAAAUGCUCAAAGAUACUAAUGGUUUAACAAUUCAUAAAAGUUAGCACAGUAAAUAUUUCUAGAAUGUGAUUGUGUUGCAGAAAACAAGCUAGUCAGGUACGAGGAAACUUAAUUGUAUGCAGAUACCCGGGUUUUUAUAAGAAAUUAAGUAGCUGGGGGAUUGUGUUGUAUAACUGGAAAAUACAUGUAUUCUUGACAUCUGAGUGAAAUUUAGAGGAGGGCAUUGACAUUGAACUAAUAAUUCUUGACAGUGGUCAGAGAACCCUCUGACUUUUAAUGCUAAUUUAACCACUUGAGUCUUCUACAGUUUUUCUUGCAUUUCCUGAUGUCUGAUAUCAUUUUUUAUAACACAAUAAACUCUUUAGAGGAAUUUCACAUGUUCAUGGUGCUCUGAGUUUGACAUUUAGAGAAAACUAAGGAAUUUACUUUGAUAUCUUAUGUUUAGUUUGGAUAUUUCAGUCAUUUGUGGACAAAAUUACAACAUCACAAUACAGUUUAUAACAAAGUUAAGCAGCUUUUCUGUGUGAAAUUCUGAGCUGUUUCAUGUUCGAUCUGAACAAUAGUUUUUUCCUUGGUGUUUUUUUCUUCAGCUCAGUUCAGGUUACCAAGUUUAUGUUGGACAACUUGCAUGUGAUGUCUGGCUCUGAUGAUCGGUCUGUAGUGUGUUGGGAUAUAGCAACUGGGCAAAGUAUAACAACAUUUAAGGAACAUGAGGUAAACCUGCCCAUGGUUAUUGAAUUAUUAAUAUAAAGAAACUUACAGUUAGUACAUAAUUUUUCAUUAUUCUGAUGAAAUUGUGUUUAAAAGCAAUUUUGAACAUACAGCAUUGUGAAAGGAUGUUGUGGAAGAGUGUUUUGUUUUUCAAAUAUUUGAACAGUUACAGAGCUAUAGUCAUUGGACUUAAAAUAGCUGUUUAUUGUAAAAUUAAUAGAGACCUUAGUCAUGAUAACAAUCCCUGUUUGUUAUGCUUUGGCAGGAUUAUGUACGCUGUGGUGUUUCUAGCCAGAGCAGUAAGGACCUCUUUGUUACAGGUAUUCUUAAUUUUUUUUUCAAGCUUUUAGACAAGUACGAAUUGUGUGUAAUGGGUAACAUAACAUCCUAGUUAUCAACAGUGCUUAAAUUACAUGUGGACAGGUAAUUGGUAUGGUUUUUACAUGUGACUUGCUAUUAAAUGAGAAGAUGGCUAUAAAUCCUGUCAAAAACAAAUCAAAACAAAUCUUUUGACUCCUUUUGUACCAGCCCAUUUUAGUUGUUGAUUACUCCAAGUUGUUUUUAUUUUCAAAUGUUACCAUAGGGAAAUCUUUGUUUGUGUAUUUAUUGAUUACAACCAAAACAGUUUUUAAAAAAUUUCAGUGUUGUUUGCUAUCAUGUUAUUAUCAUAUGCUUUGUGAUAGGUGCCUAUGACCACUGGCUCAAGGUAUGGGAUGCACGCAGCCAGGGUAGUGUUUUAUCUAUGGAUCAUGGCUCUCCAGUGGAAAGUGUACAGAUCUUUCCAACAGGUGGAAUAUGUGUGUCAGCUGGUGAGUGAAAUAACCAGCACAUAUGACUGUAAAUGAGUAUGGAAAUUAAUUUUAGGUCAAAAUGGUUUCUAACUAUUUUCAUUUGUUGAUGUUUUUUUAUUUUAUGUCAAAUAUAUUACAACAUUCCUCAAGUGAAGAAAAGCAUAAGUUAUUAAACUGCAGUCGAACCUUUGCUAAGUGACCACCCAAAAUGGGUGGUUACUUGCACGGGAGAUGGCUGCUUACCAGAGGGCAGCUGAUAUGGGGUCUGUAUUUUGGGUAAUUUGCAUGUGGUAACCAGGCCCUUUCACCUGCGCUUAUUGAAACCCAUAGUGAUAACUUUUAGCAGCUUAUUCAAGAAAGAAAUUUUGGUAUCUAUGGCAAUUGUUCUGUAUCUCAAAAAUUAAGUAAUACAGCAUCUAUGAAAAUGCAUGUGAAAGAAAAUUGGCUUGUUUGUUACCCCAGGUUACGACAUUUAUUGAAGCAAUUUCAAGUUUUUGCUUGUGAGAGAUAAAAUUGUUUGUUUGUGAUAUGAUCACCUAUGGAAGGUUAACAACAAUUGAAAAUUGUAAACAAGCAUCUCAUGGUCACUUAGGAGGGUUGGUUGCCUAGGAAAGGUGGUUACAUUGAGGUUUGGUAUUUUGAAAAAGUUCUCGCUUACAAGAGGUGGUUGCAGAGGGAAAUUCAACUGUAGUUUGAUCGUAACCUGAUAUCUAUAUAAAUUACAACUUAUUUUCUUAGUGGACUGAAUUAUUUAUAUUAGACAAUGCAGCACAUGUUAAUUUUUUUGCAACUCAGGUGGAGUGGUUAUUUGAGUGCAGUUCUUUCUUGUGAGUGGCUUUUGAAAUUUUUUACACUUUUCUGAAAAGUGAUAUGAAGGGUAUAUCGGGAGUAAAAUAGAUACAGAUUACCAAGUUAUCAUUCACUGUGUCAUUCUUGUGAGAAAACAGGCUUGUCCUUCACUUUGGAACACUGCUCUCUUAUGAUCUGAGUCCAAGAGUAAAUUGGAACAGAAAAUAAUUUACUAUAUCUAUUUUGGAUUGGAAACAUUAUGUUGCAGGAAAGUAAGUUUCCAAGGCUGUUAUAGACAAAGUUAUACCCAACUCUCUCUAAGAAUACAGCAGUUAUUCAAAGGUGCUUACCAUCACUUUUGCUCUUACAUGCACUUGGAGGGUGCUCUUAAAGCUUAAAACUUAAAGCGUUUUAUUUAGGAGUAGUUUUGUCAGCAUUGAAUACAAAUGUUUGUGCCCACUUUUUGCCUCAUAACUGAAGCAUUGUACUGAAUACUGUACUCAAUACAAGAUAGAAUGAGCUCAGAGCCACCUAAGAUAUGAAUUGAGAGAUGAUUUUAAGCCAAAGUGUUGGCAAGUUGGGGGGGGGGGGUAUAGUUAAGGUGUUUUCUCCAUAUUGUAAUUCUCCUUUCAACAGGUUCUAACAUCAUCAAAGUUUGGGAUAUAUUAGGAGGUGGAAGACUCCUAGCAGGAUUCUCAAACCACCAAAAAACCAUUACAUCUAUUUGCUUUGAUGGAGAUUAUAGACGUCUGUUGUCUGCAUCGCUAGACAGGUUUGAAAUUUAGUGUGAUGUGAUACUGUGUACAGAAAGGCUAUCCCUGAAAUCUAUAAAAUGGCAGCUGUACAUGGUGUAAAAACAUUCAUGAUAUGGCUAAGGUGAAAGCAGGCAUUACAUCAUCAGUUUGUUGUUUUGAUCAAAAAAUUAAAACAGAAAUAUGGUACAUUUAUUUUAUUUUAAGGUUUUUUUUAAUUAAACACCUCUUUUGCUCAAUUGGAUCAAAAACUAUUUCAGUGAACUUUCAGCCUGCAGGUAACAAUAAUUGGUUAUACUUGGUUGUUUUGAGAAUCAGCCUUAUGUGUACAAGAUUUUGUGAAACCAUUUGAUUUCUUGUCUUACUUGAUUCUUGGACAGGGUAGCUCAUGGUAUUUUUAUCUCCUUUAGGCAUGUUAAAAUUUACGAUAUUCAAGAUUAUACAGUUGUUCACAGCAUGGAUUAUCCAUCACCUAUCCUUAGCCUUGCUGUUUCAGUAAGUUUCUGAUGGAUAAUUGUUAACCAAGGUCAUCAGUUUUAAAAAUUUGCAAUUGAGCAUGGAUCACUCUUGAGGACAAGGAAGAUGUAAUCUGCUUUUCACUGCUGUUUGUGGUCCACAAACUGUGAUUAAGUGGCUGGAAUUGUAUGUUCUAUAAAACCUUAGUGUUGAAGGGAAGUGUACACCUUGCUUCUUGUAGUACCUUUGGAAAUGGGACAUAUUUAGCAUUUUUUAACUAGUUGUUUGUACACUUGCUGCUUUCAAAGUUUUGACAAUGUUUUUCAAUCUCUCAAGGAGAAAAACUGCAUUACAAUGUAUAAGAUAAUCCACCAGUCUUUUAGCUGCAAUGAAUCAUCACAGCCUUUUUACAAGUUGUGUAUGAAAACUAGAUAAUGGCCUUUGCUUUUCUUUACAGUAGAACGCCAAAAUUGUUUUAGCUGUUGUUUUUGCUGGUAUGUUUUAAUAUUAUGUUUAUUGCUAUUUUAUACCCUUGUUUGUUUACAAUUAUAAUAGCCUGGCAAUACACAUGUCGUGGCUGGUAUGGCAAAUGGGUACCUGUCCAUAAAAUAUCGAAUAAAACAAGGAGUGCAAGAUCAAGUCCAAACAGCCAAGAAGCUAACAGCUGGAACCUAUCGUUACUUCGUACGUGGCAAAAAAUUCCAGCCUGAUAAGGUACAAUGUGCACGUUUGCACAAUUUAUAUAGUUUCCUUAAACUGGUGUAUCAUAAUACAAUAAAAAAGGAACUUUUUCUGGCAUCAUCAAACAGAAGUUAGUGCAUAGCUUAUUUUUCCUGAUAAAUCUUUCAUUGCUCUUCUCAUAAAGAAAGAAUUUAAAUUGAAGCUAGCUAAAUAUGCGAGGAAGAUUCCAGCGUAACUAAUACCUUGAAUCGAUUUUAUGAAAAGAAUCAACCUGAAAUUUAACAUAAUUAAAAUGUUUUGGUUACUUCUUGUUCUCUAUGUUUUUCAUUCGGGGUUGAAAAGACGGUUACGCUCAUCUGCUACUGUGACUCUAGCCAUACCGACUUUAAGUGACCAUAGUGAUCAAAAUCUGAACCCACUCUUAGACCUAAAAGACGAUAGAUAUUUUUAUACAUAUGUUUAGAAGUUGUAGGGGAUCCCUUGCACACCCUAUGCCAGGGGAGUUUUGCAAAUAAUUGUGGGAAAAUAAAUUCAGAAUUUUGGCUGCUGACUGCCUAAGAUGAGGUCCGCUUAAUAUGGGUUUCAUUAUGUCCUAUUUCUUAAUUAAUUAAUUUUUUCAUUUAACUUCUACAUCGUUUCAGGGAGAUUUUGUUGUGUCAGCACAAAGGAAACACAAGUUGAAGGAACAUGACCAAUUGUUAAAAACGUUUCAGUACUCAAAGGCUCUUGAUUCCGUUCUGAGGAAGGUUGGUUUAAGCUUUUCAUUGCAAAGGAUCUGUUUUACUUUUUUGUCUUUUUCUACUUUUAAUAAGUAUUUCAGAUGUCCAGCUGUCUUUUAAAAUGGGUCCUGGUUCUGAGAGAAAGUAUGAUACAUAUGCAUACAUGGUUUGUUACUCAGUUUAACUGUUAUAAACAUUUUUUUUGACAGCCUUCCUAUUGUCGCACUCCACUUCUUGUCAGUCUUCUCCAAGAGUUAAUACGGCGAAAGGGUCUGAAGAGAGCACUGGCGGGGAGGGACGAGGAUGGCUUGGUUCCUAUUCUAGAGUUCAUCACAAGGUACUAAUAGUGUGCUAGAUACUUUGUAAUCAGUUUUUGUACCUUAACUGUGUAUAAUAGUCGUUAAAUGUAUUACUAACAUUUUGACACGGUUAACCUCGUAAAUCUUUCGCGGUUUUUGUUUAAAAGUUAAUCACCAUUGUUUCAAGUAAAUUGACUUGUAUCCACGCAGUUAAGCUGUUUAUGAGUUAAUGACGUGAGUUAACCAGUGAGGACGAGAUAAAUUUUUAUGAAAUACCAUGUAUUUCUUGACUGAUUGAGAGGACUGGAAGGAAAGAUAUUUGCCGCGAGGUCAUGAUGCCAGGACUGCACAUUAUCUAGAAAUUUAUGACUUGGUGCUGUGUUAUUCAUGGAACGACAGACGUCAGCUAACAUCAUAUAUCUCCUUACAGAUAUGUUAGUAAUCCGCGGUAUACAGUUCUUCUUAUCGAUGUCACAAAUGCAGUUCUUGGUAAGCUUCAGUUUUGUCCUUUUUUGUCCUUUUCUUAUCAGUAUAGUGUAUUUGUUAACUAGGCCAUCUAAUUUUCCUGAAGUGCUCGGUGUUUGCGUCCUAAAAGCGUUCUGAGGUUGACAGGUAAAUACGCAUCGCUUUUGGUAAUUACCAACCUUUCACCACUUAAACCUCUCUAAGGAAACUGAAACUUUGACACGUACAGAAGGGGAAACCGUUAACCUUUUGAAAACGAAUAGUAUUUGUUCUGCAAGGACUGACUUGAAAGUUGAAAACUAGACAGUUUUGAAUGUUUUAAUCUGCAUUAAAGUAUGUUAACAUACUUUAAGAUACGUUCCAAUGAUCGUGGGUGAAAUGAACUUAUGGAUAAGAAUUUUCAUUCCAUGACAGACUUCUCAGGAGCUUACUUUCUGGUCUUUAGAUAUCUACGGACCUGUGUUUGGUCAGUCGGCAAAAGUGGAUCAACUAUUCUCCAGGUUAAAAGACAAGAUUGGCAGUGAAAUUCAUUUCCAGCAGAAAUCUUUCGAGUUGCUUGGAAGUUUAGAUAUUUUGUUUGCAGCAGCCAUUUCUACUUCAUCAUUUACAACCGAUCUAGACGAAGGAGAGUAACCAUCAUAUGCCUACCAGUACCUAAAUGAAUGAGGAGACCUGCAGGCGAAUACUUAAAAACACGUAAAUGUUAAGAGAGCUUAUAGGAACACACGCCAUAUGUAAAUUAUUGUACAGAAACUAUUUUAUUAAAAUUGUCAGUGAAAAAAAAAAAGAGAAAAGGAAAAACGCACCUAAAACAAAACAAAAAAAAUUAUAAUAAAAGAAACCAUUCUCUUGACGAAUAUGUUGAAUUACGUUAGAAUAUUUAACAGACUGACUGACUGAGAUAACGGUAACUUCACAAUCAUUUCAGUUCGAUCUGUUGCUCUUACAAAAUGUAAUUCUUUCCAAAUGUUCAUUUUGAUAGCAAAGUAAAACGAACUGUAAAAAUUUGAAAUUACUUUAACUUAAACUUCUGUUCCCUCGCUCACCCUCCCCGCUUUCCUGGCUCUAACCUAUCUUUAAUCGCAUCGUUUUAGCUUUUAUUGUGUAUGUAGAGCCCCACUGAAAUCCGCCUUGGCGAGUUGGGUUCCCUUGUUAGAUAUUAUUACGGUUUUCUUUAUUAUUACUGAUAUAUGUAGGAAGCCACAAAAUCAAAUCGUACAUCGGAAUUGAUUGAUGUACUGUAGAAAAAAGUACGAGUUGUCAAUUUUAAAAGCUUCAGGAUUCAGUUUCGAAUCGUUCAAAGUGUCUUGUAAUUCAUCCACUGAAAUUGACUGCACACUUGUUCCUCUUUCCGCUGUCCCCUAAAAUUGACUAGUUCGAGGGUUAAGGCUCACACCUACCAUAGAUAACAGGGGCAGCUUACAAUUUUUAGUUCUCUUGAUUGCGUGAACUUUUAAACAAGUAUUUAUUUGAGGAGAAAUCGCGCUGGAAUUUUUCAAAUUGUCAGCGAUGUUUAUUUUAUAGUACUUGCUAGGGCAAAAACCAAAGCGUAGCUUUCUGCCCACUUUCAGCCAAACUACAAGAAAGACAUGAAUGGCAAGUUUUAUACAUUCAACUUUGAAUUAAUAAAGAAA